AUGGACAUCGGCGCGGAGACGCAGAAACCGGCGGCGGGGUGGGAGUGGAGGACGCCGGCGUCGAUGGUGCUGGUGCAGCUGUUCAUCACGGGGAUGAUCCUGCUGUCCAAGCUGUCCAUCAGCGGCGGCAUCUUCAUCUUCGCGCUCCUCGCCUACCGCAGCCUCUUCGGCGCCGCCGUCAUCCUCCCCCUGGCCCUCAUCUACGAAAGGGGCAAGUGGAAGGAGAUGGGCUGGCACGCCACGGGAUGGAUCUUCCUCAACGCCUUCAUCGGGUAUGCAGUGCCGAUGAGCUUAUACUGCUAUGGCCUCCGUGACACAACACCAUCUUACGCCGUCAUCUUUGUGAACCUAAUUCCGCUGGCCACCUUCAUACUGUCGCUUGUAUUCAGAAUGGAGACGUUGCGAAUCUGGAGUGUGGUUGGAUCGCUGAAGAUCACAGGCGUUCUGUUCUCUGUUGGAGGCACAAUGCUCAUUAGCCUUUACAAGGGCAAGGCGUUGCAUCUCUGGGAUCCCAUCCUGAAGAUCGACCCCAAGGAACAAACAACCGAGGGUGCAGGCAAUCAACUAAGAGGGACAAUAUUCUUGGUAGGCAGCAGCUUCGCAUAUGCUUGCUGGUACCUGAUCCAGUCAAAGGUUCUCAAGGUGUAUCCAUACAAGUAUUGGUCAUCCAUGGUGACAUGCUUCGUUGGAGGAUUCCAAACAGCACUAGUUGGAAUAAUAUUGAAUACAGACAAGAACGCAUGGAAGCUAGGAUGGAAUCUCGACCUUGUGACUAUCUUGUACUCGGGGGCACUUGCAACAGCAGGGAAAUAUUGCCUGAACUCAUGGGUUGUUGCCAAGCGAGGCCCAACAUAUCCUCCGAUGUUCAACCCACUGUGUGUGGUAUUCACAAUUUUGCUGGACUCCAUCAUCAUAGGCAAUGAAAUUACAGUCGGAAGCCUGCUCGGUACAACAAUGGUGCUUGUCGGGCUUUACACUUUCCUAUGUGCAAAAUCAAAAGAAGUACGUGACAAAUAG